AUGGCAACAACUACGCUCACCAAAUCUUUGCUCGGAUUUCCGAAACGGAUCACUCACGGAUCUUAUCAGAUCCGCACCUUACAAAAUGUAUCGCCUCCGCCCCGCCGAAAUGCCGAUUUCGCUUUCGCCUUCGAUAUUGAUGGCGUAUUGCUUCGGAGCUCUGAUGCACUCCCUCGUGCACAAAAAACCCUAUCGUAUCUUCGGGAACAGCGCAUCCCUUUUAUCCUUCUCACCAAUGGUGGGGGCAAGCACGAAUCGGAACGUGUAGCCGAGCUUAGCAUCAAGCUCAAAGUUCCCAUUGAUACUAGCAUGUUCGUUCAGAGCCACACACCCUUCGCCGACAUGGAAGACCUUAAAGGCAGGACUGUGAUGGUUGUGGGAGGGGAAGCAGACAAGUGCAGGACAGUCGCCGAGGCGUACGGGUUCAAGACGGUCGUUACCCCUGGCGAUAUCUUGGCCGCCCAUCCAGAAGUAUGGCCUUUUUCCCAGCAGCUGCUUCCGUAUUACAAGACCUUUGUACGCCCACUGCCUGCGCCCAUUGAUCCUGCCUCACCGUCAACUUCACUUCGUAUCGACGCCAUAUUUGUCUACAAUGACCCGCGAGAUUGGGGCUUGGAUGCGCAAAUUAUCAAGGAUGUGUUAUUGUCUGAACAAGGUAUUCUUGGAACGUUGUCGGCAAAGAAUGGUGAUGCUAGUCUGCCCAAUCGGGGCUAUCAACAAGAUGGACAACCGCCUCUGUAUUUCUCUAAUCCUGAUCUCUUGUGGGCAGCAAAGUAUCAUCUCCCCCGGCUAGGUCAAGGCGGAUUUCGUGAAGCCCUGGAAGGGAUAUGGGCAGCACUCACAGGAGGCAAAGCGCAGGGCAUCAAAUUGCAGAAAAUCAUUAUGGGAAAACCAUAUCAGCCCACCUAUGAGUUUGCGGAAAAGCUCCUUAUUGCGCACCGGCAACAAUUGUUACAACAGCCGCAAGAUGCGCUUGGCCAUCUAAGACGCGUCUACAUGGUUGGAGAUAACCCUGCUAGCGACAUUGCUGGUGGUAACAAUUACAAAAGUCCUUUCGGGACGGAUUGGGCCAGUAUUUUGGUGCAAACAGGUGUAUACAAAGCUGGCACGACACCAGCCUAUCAGCCGCGGAAGAUUGUAGGCGACGUAUGGGAUGCGGUCAAUCGCGACUUCCAAAAUGAGCCGCGACCCCAGCUUCACCAACUCGAUCUCACCGGCAAGACGCUACUUCUCUUGCCAGACAUCGCUCUGUUUGCUAUUUUCCUGCUCGUUUUCUCGCAUCUUUCUUCCCGCGCCAUAUCCUUCGGCAACUUCCUCUGUUUUCCUACCACACAGCUUCAUUCCAAACUGGCGACGAAAGCAGGGUCCCGCAGUGGCCGGCGUCAUCGCCGUGCUCCCGCGCCCGCUCACACCACGAAGGGUAGACUUCCACCACGCGCGUCAAUGCAGAGCAGUGGCGUUGACCAUUCACACAUCCGUGUGAUUCCCCAUCGCGGCAAUAGUGGCAAUACCGAGGACAAGUACGAUGAUGGCAUACCGACAUUCCGCUCGCCGUCUCUACAGUACGCCUCUUUACUUACUCCUCAAACACGUAUCUACGAGAAUUCCACGGCAGAGUCGCUGUCACAGGUCAAGACGUUCGCAGAUAUGGCUCGACGCUACCAUAAAAUAGACGAUAAGUUCGACAGUGAGCAACUGCUUUCCAACCCUGGACCUCUCGGUAGCAUCCUCAAACUUCAGUCACAUCGCAAGACCUGGCAACCAAUGCGCACGAGCGAUUUAAGCCACUGUGAGAACGCUGAAAAUGAUGCUUGUGAACCUUCAUUGGAAGUUCAUACGUCUACCCAUGAGUCUGGCUACAAUCACAUUGAUCUAGCUCUGCCUGCGAAGCCUUCGUUGCACUCUCAGAUCCAGUCGAUGCUCGAUAAUAGCACGGCUACCUCUCAAGCCUCCGACACAUUCUUUGGGGUGACGGGUGAUGAGAAUCACAUGAAAGCAUUACAUGCUAUACCUGGCCACAGCUAUGAGAGACUGUUUGGAAAGCUCCCUGAUCUUAUCCGCCUUCACGAGCAGACUGGUGACUUCGAUGGCCAAGUUGUUUUCAUUGGCCACCCGAAUAGAGAUGUUUCAGCCCAUCAAUGGUCAUCUAAUUCAUUUCAAUGGAUUAACAUUGGAAAAUAUGCUCAUGUCCGUGGAAAAGUGGAAGGUCCACUUAGUUCGGAUUGUCUCAGGCAGUACGAUGUUUCUCAUCACCCCAUUGAAUUCUUCAAGUGUGCUGCAAAGAACCGAGAAAGACAUGUUGUCGAGAAUGGAAGACAGGAUAUAAUCACUCAAUCCAGCAUGUCAGCGUCUACGUACGCCGACAGGGCAGCCAAAACAGUCCCGAUAGACAGCUACCCGUCGACACCAGAAUCGUCACAUAAUACAAUCACAAGGGAACAACUGGAGGACCCAUUUAUCGCGCAUAGCAAAUCUCUUAUCUCAGGUCAGACCUUACUCGACCGCCCCAAAGCAAGCAAAGUGAAAAUCAACGGCUCAUUGGAUUUCAAUUAUGAGUUCCCUUCGAGAGCAAAUACAUCCGUAACCCCGGGGCGCACCAACACAGAACACCACGGAAGCAGUGUGCCAGAACAUUUGCUGCAGAAAAAAUUGCAAGAAGUUACCUUUGGCGAGGAUGCCGGGAGUUACAUGGGAAACAAUGUGGGACGCCUCCCUACGCAGCAGCAAACCUCAAAAUACGCUUCCCUACACAAUGUAGAGGAGCACUGCAUACUUGAAGAAAAUGUCGUUAAACCCGACUUACCGGUCUCAUAUGCGCGUGCGUCAAUCGCAGGUCAUGUCGCAACUCUGAACGUACCGAAUUCCUAUGCAACGGCUCGGUCUCUGUUCCCUGCGUCGGGACUCACAGUGGCGAAUCCACGGCGAACGGGGCUAAAUGUUGCUAAAAUAAAAGGUUCUCAAUCGAAGAUGCAUGCUGCAAUUCCAGAAUCAGAAUCUUCUCACUCAGAAACGGCCCCUAUUAGCCCGGUCGCUGUCGCGCUCAUGUUCAGCGACCCUGAUGGUGUGAAACAGUCUCAGGAUUACGAGAUAGCAAAUGGGUUCAGCAAGCAAGCACCUACUGUUCAGAACCUGAAAGGACCCUUUUUCACGGACACGAAACCGACUACCAUAGACCCCACUGCGCAACUAUCGCUGCAUAUUGGGGAAGAAGAAAAACUCUCUACUUGGUUUCACGAUGGACAUCGCCCAGCACGGCAACAAGCAUAUGCUAAAAGCCUCAUGUUAACAGCGGUCUCGCUCGGAAGAGUUCGAGAUCGUGGAGCUGUUGGGGAAACUGUGGAUUCCGAGCCGUUCGCUGAGUACAGAAACACGCCUGCUUUUGUUCGUCUUUAUGAAAAUCUCUUGGAGUAUGUUGACGAACGUCGCAAUUGUACAGAAAGUCCCUACUUCGCGCGCGCCUGGAAGAAAGAAUCACAAGGCCCUGGCAUCAAGUGCGGCAGCAGCUAUGUCGACAAGUCAGCCCCUGGACAAACUAGAGCAGAAGGGAGAGGAGGCUAUCAGGCAGCACGAUACGGGAACCGCAGCAGAGGUUGUGUCUAG